AACUCUUUCGGGGAUCGGGCGGAAAUGUUGGCUCCCCUGGGCUUCAGCUGUCCGCGAUGCUUGCUCCUGCGACGUGGCGCCGAGCGUUGGGCCUCACUGGCCCGCCAAUUGUCGGGCAGCAGUUCCCAGGAUGACGCCAGCAGCAAGGAUGCGGCCGCCCAGGAGGCAGCAAGUGGCUGUCCUCCCAAUAGCACAAGGACGGGCAAUGACACCACCAAAGCCAAAGAUAAAACCACCAAGGGAAGGAAGCGGCUCAGAAACAUAGAGAUACCUCCCGAGCCCACCACCUGCUGCAUGUCGGGCUGCGCCAACUGCGUUUGGCUGGACUACGCACAGACGCUGGCCAAGCUGCUGGGCGACAACGACGAGGAGGCGCGAGAGAUUGUGCUGAGCAAGAUCACCGACCCGAACCUGAAGAUGUUCCUCAGCCUGGAGCUGCGCCAGAUGGCGAGGCAGCGGGAGGAGAAGGCGGCGGCGGAGAAAGCAGCGAAGCAGGGAAAGCCCAAAACAUCCUCGCCCUCGCCGUAGUACAAAUCCCCGGUUACCCACUAUCUAAAUAUCUAGUUAGGACCAAAUUCGUAGUAGCUCAAAUUUACUCUUGUACUUAGUGUGUAAGAACUAAGAAACCUCACAAUAAACAUGUAAGAGUUAA